UGGCGGUUUUAAGACCGAACCAUUUACCGCGCCCCGCAUUGAAAACGCUUGGCUUUCAAAUCGCGUUUGGGUGUAGUAUCGAGUCGGCCGUGCCGCGCGUCGCUGUUUUCAGAGCGUUUUCAAUCUAACCAUUGUUAGUUUAGUUUAUGAAUUCUUCUCUGCAAAAUGAGUCUUAUUGACGUGGAGGAAUUGAUAGGUGCAAUAGAGAUACGGCCGGCUCUGUGGGACAUAAGAACCACAGAUUAUAACGAUCGUGUAGUCAGAAAGCAGAGCUGGGAAGAAAUUUGCGAUCUGUUUGGAGAGGAAGGAAUGACACAAGCGCAGAAGGAUGAAUUGGAGGUCAAACUACACAAAAAAUGGAAGAACGUUAGGGAUAACUUCGCGAGGGAACUGCAUGGACGGGCGAGAAGCAAAGGGAGGAUACAUGGUCAUCCGAAAGCGCCGUAUAUGUACACUGAAAACCUGCAAUUUUUAAAAGACAUAAUUUUAUCGAAAGAAUCGAAACGCCAUUCUCGACAAGGAUCGCCUGAACAACCGCAACCGCAACUUGCUGGAGGUACGGAUUCUUCGCCAAUCCCACUAACAGCACCACGAAGAAUUGUUCGAAAAAUUAGCAAGAGAAAAUUACACCCGGUCGAGGAAAAAACAUUUCGUCCAUCCGAGAGCAAGAGAAGAUUACACCCGGUCGACAAAAAAGUGUUUUGUCCAUCGAAGAGAUUGGAUAGAAUAGAUAACUUCCAACCAGCCGAGAACGAUGACAAUCGUCUCUUCCUGCUGUCAUUGUUACCAAGUAUCUCAUCCCUGCCAAAGAUGUUGAAUUCGAGAUGCAGACUUGAAAUAAUGCAAGUUGUUUAUAAAUUUGAGGAGCGCGCGUUAAGACAACCGGAAGAUCCUCUCGAUCCUUUAACGCAAGGGAUACAACAGCAUACCGACACAGACCACGAUACCGAAUCAUUGCUCUCUAUCAUCAAGGAAGCGCCCGCUUCUCCGGUCGACUCAUUGGUCUCUCAUCUAUCUCACCAUUCAGAGGAAUGUUAGCCUUAUUAACUCAGUAUUUUGUUAAUUCAGUAUUCUAUACUGCUUCAGAGUACGACCUGUUGAUCGUUCAUUUCCAUACGUACAAUACAAAGAGCGAAUUAAUAGGUAAUUUUUUUCCCUCGAGAAUAAAUGAUGAUUUCAGUGAGUGAAUAUUUUUUGUAUGUACUUUGUAUAUACUUCAGUGUUUUGAAUAUUCUUAUUCGGUUGGGAGGUAGGUUCUCAGUAAAGGUGCCAUGCACGAAUUACGUAACACCAAAAAUACGAAUUUUGGAUCCUCUCUUUUCCUUACGUAACGCUAGAGCAAUUCCAAAUGAAAUCGACAUAACAUGAGUAUCUUUGAUUCGAAUAAAAAUUUGUAUUCCGUUUGGGUUGGAGGAAAUAUGAGUUUUCCACAGCGAUUGGGAAGUUUUUAACUCAAGUGUAACUUUUGAAAAGGGCAUAUCGAUUUUAGUAAAAGAAAUAUCUCAAAUAUCUCAAAAAUUAUGAGUUCUGCCGAAAUUCUGUCUUAGAAAGAGUUAUAGAGUAUUGGUGUUUAAACAUGAAAAAUAUACACUGAGAAAAAAAAUAGUAAAGGGUAACUUCGAUAUUAGGUACAUUUUACUUUCAAAAUUGUACGUUGUAUCGAAGCAUAAUAAAGAACUCAGAAACGUAGCUUAUAUUACUUUAUUGUGUUGCUGUUUCAGUAAGGUUGAUGAAUAAAUUCAACUAGAAGAUGAAGCCAACCUUUCUCAUGAUGUUUCCCUACGUACUGUUGAUUGAAGUUUGAUUCAUUUAUAAUCCAGAAUCAAAAAAUUGUAAGGGGUUGUAUCUAGGACACGACCGCAUAUUUUCGACGUAGAACUACGCAAUUAUAUUAUGCAAUCCACUUGUUUACCACUUCGAAUAUUGUUUUAGAAUGCAUCGAAGUUUUUGUAAUAAAUUAUGUUCUUCGUUACAAAUAAAUUUGAUGAACUUCCUUUUACGUUUGAUGUGAUGCCUAGGUCUACCAAAAUAUGUGAACGGAAGAAUUGUCAAACGAUCAUUGUUUUUUACAUUUCCCUCUGAAAUUAUUGCACAUCUCAUGUUUACGUAGUUCUUGAACCGCGAAAGUUUUAUAGUAUCUGAAAUGACGAUUUUCCCAGGCUUCUCAGUUUAAAAGUACGUUUUAGCGAAACAUAUUCCGGUCUGCACAACGACAAGCGAGUACAAAGUACUCCCCGAUAAUCGUUCGAUUAAUCGAUUAAUCGAAUACUUCUUACAGAAAUCGAUUAUUAAUCGAACGAAUACUGCACAACCAAUAAUCGAAGCGAACGAAUAAAUUACGUCGCUUAAUCGAUCCAAACCAAGAGAGAAAAAAAAGUACGGCCGCAAAUCGAUCCAAACCAA